GAUCUAAAUAGUGUUAAUAACACUUUCUUUAACAGUGAACUACCUCUCACAAAAUAAAGAAAUGGAUGAGAUGGAUGAAACUUCUAAAAGAAUCCUAGAGCCAUACCAGUAUUUACUUCAACUACCAGGUAAGCAAGUGAGAACCAAACUGUCACAGGCCUUUAAUCACUGGCUGAAUGUUCCACAAGAUAAAAUACAGGUUAUAAUUGAAGUGACAGAGAUGUUGCACAAUGCAAGCCUACUUGUGGAUGAUAUUGAAGAUAACUCAAAGCUACGACGGGGCUUUCCAGUGGCACACAGUAUCUAUGGAAUUCCAUCUGUAAUCAACUGUGCUAAUUAUGUGUAUUUCCUUGGCUUAGAGAAGGUUUUGACCCUUGAUCAUCCAGAUGCUGUUAAAGUUUUUACCCGUCAACUUCUGGAACUCCAUAAAGGUCAAGGCUUGGAUAUUUAUUGGAGGGAUACUUACACCUGUCCUACAGAAGCUGAAUAUAAAGCUAUGGUUCUGCAAAAGACAGGUGGUCUCUUUGGAUUAGCUGUAGGCCUCAUGCAGCUGUUCUCCAAUUACAAAAAAGACUUAAAGCCACUUCUUAACACACUUGGCCUCUUCUUCCAAAUAAGAGAUGACUAUGCCAACUUGCACUCCAAAGAAUAUAGUGAAAACAAGAGUUUUUGUGAAGAUUUAACUGAGGGCAAGUUCUCAUUCCCAACCAUUCAUGCAAUUUGGUCAAGACCUGAAAGUACUCAAGUGCAAAACAUUUUACGUCAAAGGACAGAGAACAUAGAUAUAAAAAAAUACUGUGUACAUUACCUUGAAAAUAUGGGUUCCUUUGAGUACACUCGAAAUACAUUGAAAGAGCUUGAAUGUGAAGCCUAUAAACAAAUUGAAUCACUUGGGGGAAACCCUGAGCUUGUAGCACUAGUUGAACACCUGAGCAAAAUGUUCAAAGAAACUGAAAAUUAAAAAUUUAACUCCUGGGGUGGAUUAAAACUCUUUAAAAUGGGGGAAUAACCACACUAUCUGAGAGAUGUGAUAAUCGGUCUUGCUUAAAACUUUCUUUUGUGGCCAUGUUACAGAAAUUAUUCUUUUAAAACAAUUUUUCAUUGAGUAUUGAAAUAUAUACCCUAUUAUCUAUACAGUCUUAACUGUAACUGCUUACAGAUGGCUUUGUUAAAGCAGAUGUACUAGAACUGAAACAAGUUUUGAAUCUAAAUGUGAUCUUCUUUGCACAAUCAUCAGCAUUAUUUCAGGCUUAAAACUCUCACAUCUUUAACUAUGUUACUGUAGGUUUCUGGCCAAAAUUCUGUGUUAAGUUAGGUUGACAUGAGUAUUUUGCAUUUUCAAACAAUGCUCUAGUAAACCAAAAUGUACAAUGUUAAAUAAAAGAUACUUGCUGCCACAAUGCAUAUAGAACUGCUGUGUGGUAUUUUGAAGUUAGACUUGGGAAUAUCAGAUGGAUCAGCUUACUAAGUUCAAAGUUAAUAUCCUAUCCAGCUUUGGGGGAUAUUUUGUGGCAUGUGAAUUAAGGAAGAUAGUAUUUUAUAAGCAAGUAAGACUUAAUGUUUAGUCUGAAGUAGUAACUUUAUAAAGAUUUCUAAGUAUCUUAGAGAAAAGAUUUCAUUGCAUCAGCAAAGCAUAAAUUUGCUGCUGAUGCCAGCUCUGCAGUGAAUAAUUUUGAUCUCCUGGUUUUAAAUUUAUAAACUGAAAUAUUUUGUAGCCAGGGAAUUAAAGCUAUGCAUUAGAGCUCAUACAUGUAACUGUAAAUAGCAACAUAGUAAGCUGCUGCUAGAAACGGAAUUGGAUUCACACCAGGUAACUUUAGGGCACCAUAACUGGUGCAGGUCUCUAAGCUCUGCUUAUAAUUGAGAGGGGCUUUUCCAGGAGCUGAUUCAUAAUUCAUACUUGAUUCCUGUUCUGAAUUGUUAUCUGGAGGCAUGUUACAGGUCUCUCCAAAGAGACAAGUUCUGUAAUUUUUUGCUAAAACAGAGUACAGCAUCUUGUUCUACAAGCUAUAAUACCAUUUCAGUUUUGUUAAUUGCUUAAAUAAUGCUUUAAAACUAUGUACAUAGACAUACAGAAAUAGAACUAGAACUUAGAGGGAUAUUUAGAGGAGCAGAGCUGAUAAGUGACAAAACUCUCUGCUCAUCCGUAUAUAAACGGAUAUAUAUAAAGGUGAACAAAGUGUUAGCAGAGGUGUUUGUUUCUUCUUGGCUGGGCUGGCUUUAAUCAGGUUCAGUUCUCUUAGUCUUCACAGGCAUAUAAAGCUUUGCUUUGGUGUAGGGAGAUAAUGGUUUGGAUCAAAGGUAGGGCUGGUGCUAUCAGCAGUGGUGCUAGCUCAAGCAUACUCUCAAAAGAAAUGGCCAGAGGUACUUGGCUUCUGACAGCUAAAGGAUAGUUCUAUGCAGGUGUUUGUUUACUGUACCUGGAAAGCAGGGAGAGUCAUGGUCUCAGCCGCAGAAGACUAACUGAAGAAGGUUGCUGUAAUGUCUUCCCUGGGCAGCAUUAAGAUUCUUCUGAAAGUGGUCAAGCAUGAAAAAAUUCCAAAUGACUGCUUUCAGUCAGACAUUAUGCAGUUAUGGAUGAUGGACUAUCCCUUUUAUCUACAUGCUGAGGAGACAUCUUUGUCUGCUCCGUGAUUAGGCACGGAAUAAUAGCACUUUCACUGAAUGGGCCUGGUUGCCAGGGCUGAAUAGCUUAGAGUUGGUGAAAGGUGUCUUUAAUGUUAAUGAGAGUAAAAUGUAAUACCUUUUUCAUAACUUCCAGUGCUUAGUAGUAAGCCUGUUAAAUCUUUAAUAUUUUAUGAGAAAAUACUAUCUGCAGUGAAGUACAAUGUUUUUGUGCCAUGUCUUGGGAGUUUCUAAACACUGUUGCAGCUGAUAUUGAAUGAGGGAGAGCACUGGAAAAACUCCUGUUGUCAGGAAAAUCUCCUAGUUUUACUGUAAAAGAUACCUUGUGCCUAUCAGGAUAUUGUAACUGACACAUACAAUAUGCAAAGUGCACUUAGUACCAUUUCAUGUCUGCUUAGUUGCUGGAUGUAAAGUUUUGUGUAAACAAACAUUUUUAAUGAGCUACCUUUUUCUUAUUUUUGUAUAAAAUCUCUACCAUCUGAGACUUCUAUGUUGUCACUUCUUUGGUUCAUUCUGGCAACUCACACCAGUAUUGUUCUAAUACCAUAUCAUAAUGUGCCUGCAUUAACUUAGGAGUAAGUACAUUGGAAGUUUUCCAGCUCUAGGCCCUUUAAACCACAAAUGGGUAAGAAGGGAAAAGUGCCCCUGGAAAAGAAAGCUGGACCAACAAACCAUGCAGUUCUGUCUUGCUCUUCUGCCUUCAAGGCUUUUGAUAUCAGUGUUCAAACCCCAUACCCUGAUGGUAUAUCUCAAAAGGCCCAGAAGCAGAGUAUCAUUGCUCUUCACUUUGGUUAGGAUGAACUGAGGCCUCUGAGGGUUUUUCUUGAUGUAUUCAGGAGUUGGAAGAGGCUGGGAUCUUUCCCCUUCAUCUGUUAAGCAGGUAGAACAUCUUUAAAUAUUAAGCAUCAUCAGUGAUGAUACUUCAUAGUCAAGGUAGAUUUUGUAUUUGGUGCCAUAAGAUGAGGCUGUGCAUCCUCAUCAGUAUUCUCCAAUAUUGGCUGUGGUACAAGCUCUUGGUGUUAAGAAAUGUUAGGAAAAUCAGUUUCUUAAAACAGUAUGAGAGUUCUCAUGGCUGCAGAAAUUAGUUGUGUAAGUGCUGCUCUCUGUUGCUAUGCCUCCCACAAUACAGGGAGUAGGGUUUUUUUUGUGAUCUUCACAAGAGCUGCAUUGCUGUGGAAUGGAAAUCUGAGUUGCAAGUGGAAAUGUCUAUGGGUAAACAAAGGGGAUGCUAGUUUCAAUGUCAGUCUCUCUGAGCCAGAACUGUUCCCCUCAUCUUCCUAUCAUUUCCAACAAGUUCUACUUUGAUCAGGUUACUACUGCAUUUCCUGGGGCUUUAGCUCUUGCACUGUGUAUAAAGAGAAAUGCAAAUACUCAUCAGUCUCCAGUAUUUUCCCCUACCUCAGUCUGUUUUCAGAUUUUGUGCUUGCUUGGAUGUAAGUGAAUGCUGUUACCUGUCCUUGAGUGGCCAGCCCUUGGAUAGGACAUCUAUCUCUGCUUCUUCAAAGGCUGAUGUUAUCCCCAUCAAUUAUACUGAAGACUGCAUCAUUUCAGUACCUUCGUGAGGAGGUAGCUUGUCUUCCUUUGAACUCAGUCUCUUCAGGUACCCACUAAGAGCAACUUUGUAUGUAUCAGCCAGUUGUUGAAAAAACAGCCUGAAAAUGUUAAUGGCAGUGGGAAAGUAGCUGUUGAUAAUCCUUUAUGCUUUUAAAUUUAUGGCUGAUUUUUCUAAUUAUUAAAUAUCUAAAUGCCUCCAUGUGGAGGCAGGGAGGAAAUGUAGGAAAUAGGGAAAUUUUCUGUAUUAAUGGCUCCUUUCCCCAGUUAUUGUUAAAAUCCUAACAUUAUAUAAAACAUGGCAUCUGGGGGGUUUUUUGCACCUUCCUAUAUAAAACUGAUUUGAACCCCUGAAUUGGGCCAAGCUUUUAUUUGUGUGCAAGAGCUAUAUAGGCAUCUGUUGCUCCUCUGUUCUGUCUUAAUCAUGUUUCAGGUUUGAUAUUUACUAUAUUUUUUGUAUUAUUUGCUUAGCACUUUCAUUGUAACUUUUUUCUCAGAUACAUUUCUAUUCUGCUACUAAUACCAUAGCACACACAAUACCAUCAAACUCAGUUUUGAUCCUGGACAAAUAAAAUAGCCUGAGUUUGCUUUUGAGACAUUAAGUCUUGCCUCAUCCUCUGAAUUCACAAAAGUAAUCCAAGAUUUUCUGCAGUCUUGAAAUGCCUGGAACCUUUUUCCCAAGUGAAAGACUGUAAUGUAUUUUAUACUGCCAUAAAUUAUUUGUGUCCUGUAUAGCUUGAGCUCCUUUCCCUCUCCUACCCAUUUGCUUUCAAUACCUGUUUUGAUUUGGUGAUAACGCUUGUUAGGCCUUUUUGUGAAAGAACUCACUACCCCUGGGGAAGAGAAGUUAAUUUUUGUCUGGGUCAGCAAGAGACUGAUAAAUGUCAGAGCUGGCAGGUGGACAGAGGCAAGAACAGAACCAGGUAAAGGAUUUGAGAGAAUAAGAAAAUACAUUUUAGGUUCUCAUGUAAUUUCACCUUGUCUUACAGCAUCUCCUUCACUUUCCUAACAAAGGCUAAAGAGUGUGGUUAUUUUCCUUGAGCUUCCCUUGUGCUUUCCAAACAGAAUGUAAGAGAUACUUAAAUUAAAAUGUAUUUAUUCUAAUGGUUAUAUAAAUAACUUGCAUAUAUCAUGUCAAAGUUUUGAUUAAAGGUACAGCUAAAACAGAAUACAUAGUUUCAUUACUGUAUUUCUUUUUCCUCUAAAAAUCUUUCUAUUAUUGAGGCCAGUAAACCAUAAUCUAUGUGCCUGCUUGAUUUGAUUGUUACCUCACAUUGACAUCCUUCCCAGAUAACUUUUGGGAAGCUUAUAGCUGAGCACCUGUGUUCACCUCUUCUGCAGCAUUUUCUUUGUAAUUACUUUAGAAAGCACCUUUGUGAGGUGUGGCUGGGAAUAACUCUUAAUUCAUUAAUUCAAUGUCAAGCAUAUUAUCUGCAAAAUUUAUACUAAAGAUGCAGGUUAAACAUGAAUCCUGAUAGUGUUCCUCACCUGUGUACCCUAUGGAAUAAGUAAGUUCUCACUUAACUCAUUGAAAAAGGUAUUUACUGAGCAUCUCAGUUUAUUACAGCACAGAGAACUCUGAGGGAUACCCCAAGAAGGCCUAUCAUGACACUUCAUGGAGACCACUGCAAAACAUGGCAUGAAUUUGUGUGGAAGACUAACUCUGAUGUGAAGGGAAAUCAUAGAUAACUUUCUGCUUUUGAACUCCAUGAAAAUACUCUCUGCUCUGUUGGUAUAUGAAUUAUAGGCUGCCAGUAAGCAGUUGUCUUUUCUGGAUCACAGUAAAUUAUUUUCACUCUUCAUGAUAUUUGAGUUGCUAUUUCUGGACUGUAUGCUAUGAGUUACUUACUCUUUCAGUAAAGUAAUUAUUGAAGUCUGUAAAAAGGACAAAUGACAAACAUACACAUUUUUGGUUAUGCUGUUUUGAAAUACACAAACUGGCCUGUUCUCUUGCUGUAAUCUAGCAUAUGUUUUUCCACAGUGAAUUUGUUAGCUGAGCGAGGCAUAAUAACUUUUCACCACCCCAAGUUGUUAAAAUCAGACUGACACCAAGGUCAUGUGAACAAAUUAAAAGAAAAAACAAAAAAAGUAUUUCCAAGGAAAAAACACAAAGUUCUCUAAAAAUAGAAUUUCAGAUAAUUGUAGUGUUAAUACAUGAAGCAUGGAACUAACUGCUGUAGUUUUUCUGUGGCUUUAACUGAAGAACCUAUUGCCACUUAUGCUCUUUUUUGGGGGCAUGGGAUGGGGUGUACAGGUCAAAGUAGAAAUUGUAUGGAGGAGUUGUCAUUGCUAUUCCCAGAAAUGUAUAAACUGUGCUAUAAACAUAACGUCUUAUUUUACACCAACAGAAAUGAACGUUCAAUAAAUUCUGAAGUUAAA